GGCGCCACCCUAAUUGAAUGCAUUUCGACGGACGACCAUAACGAAGGUUUUUAAAAACUUACGUUUACGAAUAGCCUUUGUAGAAAACUCAGUGCUUCGUUCAAUUUGGUAUAAAUAAAACUUUAAUUUAUCUUAUGUCUACCUAUAAGAAACAAUAUCAACCAUUAUUAAGUUAUUGGUUUCAAUGUUAAUAGUGUCACUUUGACACAAUUCAAGUGAUUAGUAAACAUGGGCAAUCCUACGAAUAACUUUGAAUGGGCACAUAAAUUGGAAUGUCCUCCAACUGCGUGUACAGAUACUAUACAGAAAACAUUAUCUAAAGGAAUAUUAGAAUUACUAUGGUCUGAAAUAGGUAAUGCAACAUUUACGACUAAGGAUGUUAAUGAAGUAAGAAAAAAUAUAUUAUUGUAUAAAUUAAGACAUAAAAAGAAAGACUCCACUAUAGAGUGCGUUAAAAAUAUUGCAUAUUUAAAAGCGGAAAGAAGUAGACUCAAAAUUUCUUCUUCAUCGUUGAAAGAACAAUACGAGGAACAAGAUUUUUUAGUCCGUCAGAGAGUUAAACAUUUGGAAGAUAUUAAGUCGAAGUAUGCUUUGGCUAAAAUUAAGAAAAAUUUAUUAAAGAUAAAAUAUAAUGAAAUACGUUCUCAACUUGAUGAUAGUAAUAAAAUGAGACUGAUAUGUCAAAAGUUAAUGCCACAGACUUCGGAAGACUUGGAUCAAAAUAUUUUAAAGCAAAGUUUAGAUACGGUAACAACGCUUUGCUUUGGUGCAACCAAAAGAGAGGUGAAAAGUGAAAUAUCGAAUUUACUUGGUCAUGUCAAAGUGUCUACGUUAUGGACUCAAUUAUAUCAAACAUUAUGCCAAGAUGUUGAAAAUUUAAUAAAAUUGAGAACUGUAACUGAUAUCAAAACUACAGACGAUAACGUUGAAAGUGUAGAUGCAAAUGGGGAAGAUAUUGACGUUGGUAUUGCUAGAUUAUGUGGAAAAAAUAUUUUUACUGUUUCAAAACAAAUUUAUUUCCAUUUAAAAGCUAAAGAAUAUGAAAAUGAAAUUAUGAAGUAUAUUACAAAUAUCGAGACGAGUACUGAAAAUCAAAAUGACCUGAGUGAAUGGUUAACUUUGACAUUAGAAGUGAAUAAAUUGGAAACAGAGGAAAAAAUUCUGCAAAAUGAAAUUAAAGUAAUCCAAUCGGAGUGCAAUAACAAUGCAUCCAAUUUAGAACUUCAAAGAUUAUUGUCGGAAAUUCGCACGAUUGACACAGAAAUAGACAAAUGCGUGGAAAAUAUACAACGUUCGUUACAACUGUUGAAAUCAGCCGAAUGUAUAAUAUCAAGGAUAAAAAAUAACAUUCAUACAGAGUGUAUGAACUUUUUAGCUUUACGAGCCGACAAUAGUAACUUUGAAUGGUUGAAUAAGGAUUUAACAACCGAAUUACAGAUAUUUUACGACGUCUUGGAUAUCAGGGCAUUAAAAAAAAUAAUACUCCAAGGAGAAAUCAAAUCCUUCAGGCAUGAAACACGCUGCUUCAAGGAAGCGUCCGUUUUAAUGACAAAUUUAAAUGUACGUAAUGUUAUGCCUUAUUUUCCGAUGAUAAAAGCGCCGAUAUAUUGUCUGAUAGACUGUUAUAAAAAUUUAAUAACAAAUUCAAUGUAUCAAAGUAUUAUACCAAUAAUAGUGGACAGCAAUAAUUCGCAAAAUUUUAUAGAAAACGGUUCUAUUGAAGAUCAUAAUACUAUGAAAUUAUUGAUAUCGUCACAACAUAACUGUUGUAAGGCACAAGAAGAAAUCGAUGAAUUUUAUGUUGCAUUAAACGCCUGGAAUAAUCAAACAGUUCAAGAAGUUAUGGCUAUCGUAGAUAAAACUGUGGAUGAUUUAACAUUCACAGAAUGGAUGCAAAGAUACACUUUAUUAUUGUAUAUGAUUAACAGUGCUAAUAAUAAAUGAUGCACAUAUAUAUAUAUAUAUAUAUAUAUA